AUGGCCUCAGAAUAUGAAAACAAAGGUUAUUGGGGAGUUUCCCACACCAUCAAUGAAGAGGCUUGUGACAGAGACCAACAGUGUGGAGGAGGCAUGUGCUGUGCUGUCACUCUGUGGCUUAGGAGUCUACGAAUAUGCACACCAAUGGGCAAUGAAGGGGACGAAUGCCAUCCUCUGAGUCACAAAGUACCGUACAUGGGAAAACGGAUGCACCACACAUGUCCUUGUUUGCCGAAUCUCAUUUGUGUGAGGUUUGGAGAUGGCUACUACAGAUGUUUACCACAGUUCAAAAUUGAAAAUGUCUUCUUUUAG